AGUGUGAAUUUUGCAUAAAGAAGAAUUGCAGAAUGUGCAUGAGAUGCAUUCUGUUAAUUCUGUUUGAAAUAACAUGUUAAAAUUUACAUUGAAUCAAUUAAUCGCAAUCAAUCAAGAUACUGUGUAUUGACCAAUUGACGACGUGGGAAUCGAGUGGUCUAUUUAUGUGUAUGUGUGUACUGUAUAUACAAAGGAAUUUUUUUUGAUAUUCUGCGAACGUAAACAAAGAUAAGAAAGUAUAUAUUGCCCUCUGGCCACAUUCCACUAUUGUCUUUUGCUUCGAGAAGGACGAGAAGCAAGAGCCUUUCUGCGUCGCAAUCGAGAGACACAAUGAAAAUGUCUAACCUUAAGAAUAGUGUACUUCUAAUACUCUGUGGAAUAUGUUGUACAGCAGCGCUUCCCAAAGAAAACUUGACAGCUCCAACAUUCAGUAAAACUUAUACAGUAAAAGGAACUUUGUACAUACCAUAUGCAGAAAUUCGAGAGCCUUUCUAUGCAUGGUACGAUGGCACCAGUGGUUCUAGUAGAAUCGAUUAUUAUGGAGGGAUGGUUAAAACUUUUCAACUGGCUAACAAAGGACUAUAUGGAGCUAGUAUAAAAUUAGCACCUAUUACCACAGAGACUGUUAGUAAUGAAGAAACAUGUCUUCAAGUGAAUGGUACUGAUGAUGUUAAAAUACAACCGCAGUCUAUCCUUCCAGAUGCAUCUGAAAUGGAGUGUAUUGGAGAAGAGAUGAUCAACGGAUUACUGUGCGAGAAAUGGCGACUUGUACAAGAAAUUGGGGAAAAAACAAAUAAGUACACUCUGUGGAUACGUUAUAAGAAAUCGCCAUAUCUACCAAAAGUCAAAGAACCUAUUCCUAUGAGAUAUGAAAUGAAAGGAUUUAAUAGCCUUUUAGGUUCACAUUAUGAUCAUUACUAUUUGGAAUAUGAUUGGUAUUCCUCUGAUAAACCUUCUGAGGAUGUUUUUAAAAUUGUAGAAGAUUCUAAGUGCGUCAGUUUCCCGGGUCCAGGUGAAAAUCAUAUAUAUACUUUUAACCCAAUGCGUGAAUUUAUUCAUAAUUAUGAAGAUCAUUUGCAUCAAGCAUUUGACAAAUUCAAAAAGACUCAUAAUAAAGUUUACAACGAUUUGGAUCACAUGUAUCGUAAAGAUUUAUUUAGACAAAAUCUAAGAUUUAUUCAUUCUACAAACCGUGCUAAUUUGGGUUAUCAGUUAGAUGUGAAUCAUUUGGUGGAUCGUAGCGAUCUCGAAUUGAAAGCUUUACGAGGCAAACAAUACUCUCCUGGUGUACACAAUGGUGGAGCACCAUUCCCACAUGAUAUCGAAAAGGAAAUCGCAGAUGUACCUGAUAGUUUAGAUUGGAGAUUGUAUGGCGCUGUAACGCCAGUCAAAGAUCAAUCAGUUUGCGGCUCUUGUUGGAGUUUUGGUACUACUGGCGCGGUAGAAGGUGCAUAUUAUAUGAAGCAUAACAAAUUAGUACGUCUAUCUCAACAGGCUCUCAUUGAUUGUUCAUGGGGAUUUGGUAAUAACGGAUGUGAUGGCGGAGAAGAUUUCCGUUCAUAUCAGUGGAUGAUGAAACAUGGUGGUUUACCUACUGAAGAAGAUUAUGGUGGUUAUUUGGGACAGGAUGGAUAUUGUCAUAUAAACAAUGUAACAUUAACAGCUAACAUCACAGGUUUUGUUAAUGUUCCUCCACGUAGCGUGCAAGCUUUAAAAAUCGCUAUUGCUAAGCACGGUCCUAUUUCUGUUGCUAUUGAUGCCUCUCAUAAGACAUUCUCUUUUUACUCUCAUGGAGUGUAUUACGACCCAGCUUGUGGCAAUACCGAGGAUAAAUUAGAUCAUGCUGUUUUGGCUGUUGGAUAUGGUACUAUGAAUGGAAAAGGUUAUUGGCUGGUAAAAAAUUCUUGGUCAAAUUAUUGGGGCAAUGAUGGAUAUAUUCUAAUGGCGCAGAAGGAUGACAAUUGUGGAGUUCUUCUUACACCCACAUAUGUUACUAUGUAACUGUAGUUCUAUUUCUAAGAAUUUCUAAGAAUUGGUCUCAUUUAAGCUCUCUUCAAAUAAAUAAAUACUAUUGAAAUAUGAUUUUAAAAAAUUGAGAGGCUAUAUCAGAUAUAUUUAGCUAUACAUUUCAUAACGAACAAAGAGUAAUAAAUUGUUGAAGAUGUAUUUAGUAUACAAAAAUCCGAUUACUGAUAAUGAAGGAAAAUAAAAUAUUUCUUAAUUAAAAAAAGCGUCUAUUAAACAAUUUUUAUUUUAAUAUUGAAAGGUGAUUACUUAAAAAAAAUAAAAUAAAAUAUUUAUAUCAAAAUAUCAUUUAAAUUUGAAAUAUGUUGACAGCAGAAAUAAACAGAAUUAUUCAUGGAA